CUGUCAAUGUUGGGUCGAAUUGUGUCGCUGAGCUGGUGGGAAAUAGGAAGAAAUCAUGCCCAAAAUGGCUCACCAGAGAACACACUUAGUGCUGGAGAAUUACAUUGGAGGGAAAUUUGUACCAUGCUCCAGACACAUUGAUUCCUAUGACCCUUCGUCCGGAGAUGUCUAUUGCAGAGUACCAGACAGUGGGAAGGAAGAGGUGGAUGCGGCAGUAAGUGCUGCCAAAGCUGCUUUCCCUGGGUGGUCGGCAAGGAGCCCUUUGCAGCGUUCCCAAAUACUUCAUAAACUGGCAGAUCUGAUAGAGGCUCACCUGGAGGAGUUUGCUCAAGCGGAAUCAAAGGAUCAAGGGAAAACUAUUACUGCAGCGAGAAGCAUGGAAAUACCUCGAGCAGUUUAUAAUUUCCGUUUUUUUGCCUCAACGAUCCUCCACAACACCACCGAAUGUUCAGAGAUGGACCAUAUGGGCUGUACUCUCUUCACCACGCGGACACCGGUGGGAGUAGCUGGCCUUAUCAGCCCCUGGAAUUUACCACUUUACCUCUUGACUUGGAAGAUAGCUCCAGCCAUUGCCACUGGCAACACUGUUGUUGCCAAACCUAGUGAAAUGACAUCAGUCACUGCUUGGAUGAUGUGCAAGCUCUUGGAUGAAGCAGGCAUUCCACCUGGUGUAGUGAACAUAGUGUUUGGGUCUGGCCCAAAGGCUGGGGAGGCAAUUGUUUCUCAUCCCGAUGUGCCACUGAUAUCUUUCACUGGGAGCACACUCACUGCACAGCACAUUCGAGAGAAGAGUGCUCCAUACUGCAAGAAACUCUCCCUGGAGUUAGGGGGGAAGAAUCCAGCCAUCAUCUUUGAUGAUGCAAACCUUGAUGAAUGCAUCCCAACCACUGUGCGGUCCAGCUUUACUAACCAGGGUGAAGUCUGUCUGUGCACAAGUAGAAUUUUUGUGCAAAAGAAUAUUUACAGCGAAUUUUUGGAGAAGUUUGUGGAGGGUGCCAGAAAAUGGAAGGUUGGCAUUCCUUCAGACCCAUCCGCCAAUAUGGGAGCUCUCAUCAGCAGAGAGCAUCUGGCAAAGGUAAAGAGUUAUAUCGAUCUGGCCAAAAAUGAAGGAGGUAAAAUCCUUUGUGGUGAAGGAAUUGAUUCCAUGGACAUUCCCGAUAAAAACAAGACUGGCUAUUUUCUGUUGCCAACAGUGAUCACAGAAGUAAUGGACAGCUCACGCUGUAUGCAAGAGGAGAUCUUUGGCCCAGUGACCUGUGUUGUACCUUUUGAAACCGAGGAAGAGGUUAUCCAGCGAGCAAACAAUGUGAAGUAUGGGUUGGCUGCCACUGUGUGGUCACGAGAUGUUGGCCGGAUACAUCGGGUUGCUAAGAAGCUUCAUACCGGUAUGGUAUGGACCAAUUGCUGGCUUAUUCGUGAUCUGAAUUUGCCAUUUGGUGGCAUGAAAGCCUCUGGAGUUGGCAGGGAAGGGGCCAAAGACUCAUUUGAGUUUUUCACAGAGGUUAAAACUAUUACCAUAAAACAUUGACUCCUCACCACAUAAUGAGUGAUUCAUUAACCUGCAGUAAUUAAGGCAAAAUUGCAAAAACAUUGUAGAAAUAAUUUGAAAUUUUAUCCAUCACUUGUAAUUGUUUGUAAUGGAGCUCCAUUUGUAAUGCUUGGAAGCAAAGGACGACCUCACCUGAGAAUAUGAGGUGUGAAAGCAGGAGCUAUCCCUCAGUGUAUGGUAACUGCUGAGUCUAGAGUAACAUUUAUUUGCAUGUGUUACUAUUUGUCAGAGGAUAAGAUGAUUCCUUCUUGUUGUGGCCACCUUCAGGCAAGGAUCAAAUGACAAGGAUCAGGAGCAGAAUUGUUAUUAAACAAUAAUUUGUAACUAGUAGUAACGUUUCAUUGGAGUGAUGUUCAGUAAUUCUUCAGGAGCAAGUAUAGCCUUACACAUGAUGUACCAGUGAGGUACUGCACUACAGUACUGUUCAUACAAUAUAAUGAGAGCAAAAGCCUUAACAGUAUGUCAUAUACUUUAUCAGCUGAACAUAUAGGUCAUCAAAAUAAGUUAGUAAUGUAAAGUGUAAUUUUGAAAAAUAAAGUGA